AUGGAAUCAAGCCCCUUAGAUUUCGUGGCACAGGCAUGCAUGGACUUGACAGAUGCUAUGAGUUCAGUAGCCUCUGAAGCGGAUCGUGAUUCCCUUAUUAUUAAUCAUAUUAAAAAAGUUUACUCAAUAGUCACACCUAUCGAUGAUUUUAAAAAAGAUUUAGAAUGGGUUAAUGUCUCCGAGCAAAUUUCUCUAUCCCAACAUUGUGCUGAUAAAGUUGUGGUCUUAGAUUUUUGGACUUAUUGCUGUAUUAACUGUUACCAUGUUUUGCCUGACUUAGCACAUUUGGAGAAUAUAUACUCGGUUGAAAAUGGACUUGUUGUGAUUGGAGUGCAUUGUGCAAAGUUCAGCAAUGAAAAAGACUCUGCAAAUAUAUUAGCAGCAGUACAAAGGUAUAACAUUCAUCACCCUGUUGUGAAUGAUGCUGACAGUUUAUUUUGGGAUGCGCUCGGGAUCCGCUGUUGGCCUACAUUACUUGUACUGGGGCCAGGAAACAAACCAAUGUUUAUAUUGACUGGCGAAGGCCAUAGACGUGAGCUGGUUUGGUAUGUUGGUGCAGCAAUACGCCAUUUUGGCUCUCGUGUCUCUACAGCUUCAUUGCCCAUUUCACCAUCUAACUAUAUUAAAUCUAAAGAUAACGAAGUAUUAUACUUUCCUAGCAAGGUCGCAUUGAAUCCAUUCUACCGUGGCCGACCUGAAGAGCCUUUCUUAGCGAUUUCUGACACGGGUCACCAUCGGGUGCUUCUUACCGACUGCUCCGGUGUCAUCCUGCGCAUCAUAGGUGGCCCAGAUCCAGGCUUUAAGGAUGGCAAGCUGAACGAGGCAAAAUUGGAUUCGCCGCAGGGCGUGUGCUGGCUGUCGAGUACGGUGCUGGCCGUGUGCGACACGAACAACCACGCCGUGAGGACCGUGCACCUCGACGACGGCACCGUCGAGGUGCUGGUGGGCACUGGCCAGCAGGCGUCCACCGGUGAUCUAGGCGGCAAAUGGCUAGGUCUACAGGCGCUGUCGUCACCGUGGGACGCGGUGCUGUACACCACGCCCGACAUGGACAUGUCGGUGCGGCCGCAGUUGCCGCCGCCGCCUCCACCGCCGCUGGACCAAAACGCUAGCGCAGAACCUAAAGACGAAGUCAAAGACAAGGAUAAAAAAGACGAGAAACGCCGUGUGUUAUUAAUCGCUUGUGCCGGUUCGCAUCAAAUCUGGGCACUCUUCCUUGACAAUACGAUUUGGUGGAAAUAUAAGAGUUUUACUGAAGGCACUUGCGUGUGUAUCGCGGGCUCGGGCGUAGAGGCCGCUCGCAAUAGUGCAUACCCCAAUACAGCGGCUUUCGCACAGCCCUCCGGACUAACCCUGAGAACAGGUACAAAUCCGGAGAUAUUCAUUGCUGAUUCUGAAAGUUCUUCGAUUCGGCGACUAGCUCUAGCCACUGGACAGGUAUCUACGUUGUGUGGUGGUGACCGAAACCCUUUGAACCUUUUUGCCUUCGGAGAUGUAGACGAUAUAGGCGUGGAAGCAAAGUUCCAACAUCCGCUCGGUGUUGCGUACUGCGACAAUAACAAGACACUCUACGUCGCAGACACUUACAAUCAUAAAGUAAAAAAAGUCGAAAUUGGACCUCAAAAAGUCACCACAAUGAAUCCCACGAUGAUCGAGACCACGGACCCUGCCAAGUUUAACGAGCCCUCCGGUCUAUCCGCGAGUAAUGACGGCAAAUAUUUGUACAUUGCGGACACUAACAAUCACAGCAUCAAAAUCUUAAAUCUAGCCAAAAACGUGUGCCAAGAGUUCAAAGUGCGGCUCCCCGAUCCGAAAUUCACGGAGCCCGAAAACCUUAUUCUGUACAAAAAUGACUUGUUCGUAAAUAGAAAGUGCGGGAAUCUUAUUAUUUAUUUCAACGUUAGUUUAGAUUCUGAGACGAAGAACGUAAAGUUUACACCCGGAGCACCUCAAAACUGGCACGUCUGCAUCCGAGACGACAAUAAUAAGGACGUCACACUAGACGACUUCGAAUUUGUCGCCUGCUCUUUCAAAGGUACCAAGUUACCUGGGCGAGUGGAAAUGAAAUUAAAACAGAGAACCGAUAAGACACAUUAUCGCUUGUACCUCAGCUUCCAAACGGCGCUCUGUGACGCCGCAGUCUGCUUCUCGCACUCGUUCACUAUUCGAUCGACGAUUUUGGUCCGGGAGUCGGUGAAAUUGGUUGAAUCGUACAAGAUCACAUGCAAAGUGAAUCCAGUGAAUAGAUCCGAUAAAACCGAACAAAAUAAAACGUAA